CUUGCGGGUUGUGUCCAGACCAAUAUCAUCAUUACUCGCUACAGAGUACGCCUCCAGUUUGUCCACUUAACCCCUCGUCUGGCCAACGAAACGCACCUUUGAGCGAAAUCGCUGUCUCACGACAUACGUGGUGACAUCGGGCUGGCGAGAAAACGGCAACAGCACCGGGAAAGCGUGGACAUGGGCCGCUUGGCUCCGCCGUCCCGGCUUCUGUCUGGAUCAUCGCAGCUGCUGCUGCUGAUGCUGACGCUCGGCACGGUUGCAAGAGUUGCAAAUGGUUGUCAGAUAUCAGAAGUGCAGGUGAGUGCCAGGAGUGAAACAACGAUCACAGUCACGUGGACGGAGGUCGGCGUGGACGCCACCAGCUACGUCUUACAAUUGUACGAUCAGUCGACAUUCACAUACUCCCCCUUCACCAUCAAUGGGAGUGCCUCCAACUUCACAUUCACGGGGCUGGUGCCUAACAGAUACUACAGCAUUGCCAUAACUGUCAACUGCACUGGCGGAAGCAACGUCUCAUCCACCGUGUACGACAGCACAUUGCCACCCAAAGUCAAUGUGACCAUCACUGGCAAGACCAUGACAAGCAUGAGCUUCUCGUGGGAGGUUCCUUCCUCCAGUUUGUCAUACAAUGCUCGCUUGAAAGACAAUAACAACAUAAACCAGUCCUCGUAUGUGCUGUCUACGGGUAGCAUCACAUUCACCAAUCUGAUUCCUGACACAAACUACUAUGCAUAUGUGGAGACGAGAAAUCUUUAUUGCUCCCAAGGAUCUGAUGUGGUCAUGGAUAGAACCUUGCCAGCCAAUGUCAAUGUCAGCACCAUUGCCAAGAAUGCGACCACCAUAACAGUGUCAUGGAACAUGUCCUCUGUUGACCUGUUCUACUAUAUCGCCUCCUUAAAAGAGCGUCAAGACGGACCAAAUAUCCAAUCUCAGACCAGGACAACAUUACCACAGAGCGUUACAUUUACUGGUCUGGUGCCUGGAAGGAAUUAUUUUAUUUCAGUGACAAUCUACAUCCCGGCAACAAAUACUAUAUCAGUCACUUUCACGGAGAGAACAUUGCCCCCCAAACCUACUUUGUCCAUCACUGCCAAUACCAUGACGAAUAUGACGGUAUCGUGGACAACCCUUGCUUCUGACGUGGACUACUACCUGGUCUACUUGAGAGAGACUGCAAAUGGAACCUUAGUCAAAACCAAUAAUGUAACUUCCAGACCAACAAAGUUCAAUGAACUGGUUCCUGGGAGGAAUUACUCUGUCUCCAUAGAGGCUCACAGCGCGGAUCUGUCCCAGCUAUCAGAUGUAGUCAUGAGUAGAACCUUGCCUCCAAAAGUCUAUGUCACCAUCAGCUUUAGCAGCCCUAGUCCUACAGCCAUGACGGUCUCAUGGGUGGCUCCUAUUUCAGACGUUGACUACUAUGUGGUCUACUUAAGUGAAACGUACAACGCAACAGCAAUGAAGGGCGUCAUUUUGUCCUCCACCAUUACAACAAAAGAAUUUACCGAUCUGAUUCCUGAUAGAAGUUAUGAUGCUUCUGUAACGGCGUACAGUGGCAUCUACUACCAACGAGCCACCAUCAUUACCAGAAUGACCUUGCCAAGUUACAUCGUUUUAACCAUCACUAGCAAGACUACCACGACCAUGACAUUGUCAAUGACGACUUCUCUCCCAUACUCGUUCUCCUACUUGGCCAACUUGACAGAGACUGUGAGUGGAAACUUGGUUACAAUAUCCCCGAUUUACCCAACCAUGGCAACAUUUACUGGACUGGUUCCUGGAAGGAAGUACUCCGUGUAUGUGGAGGGUUCCAAUGGGUCCUUCUCAUCUUGGUCAUAUAUGGUCAUCGUCAGAACUUUUCCUCCACAAGUCAAUGUUACCGUCAUCGUCAACAGUCCUACAGCCAUGACAGUCUCAUGGGUGGCUCCGACUUCAGACGUGGACUAUUACGUGGUCUACUUAAAUGAAACCUACAAUGCAGCAGCAGUGAAGAGCUUCAUUUUGCCUUCCACCGUUACAACACAAGCAUUUACUGAUCUGGUCCCUGGUAGAAGUUAUAACGCUUCUGUAACAGUAUACAGUGGCAUCAACUCCCAACCAUCAGACAUUGUCACGAAUAUAACCGGUAAGUAUAUGUAUUGUACAUAUUCAGAUAAUCAUUUGGGUGAGCAUCAUAGACGAAACACAUUUUAACGAGCAGCAGCCUUUACCAUAAAUAUAAUCUAGGAAUUUUAUUAGAAGACAUGUGUAAACAAUCACAAUGUCGUUUAAAAAUAAUUGAAUUCUAAAUUCAAAGAGAAAUACGUUAUAAUUAAUUGCAUUGAUCCACACAGUUACGUAUACUUUAUAGAAAUAUAUUAAACUAGCAGAAGUACCCGGCGUUGCCCGGGGGAAAAUAUAUUUCUUAAUAACC